AUGGCUGAUACUGUCCGUGGAAUCUGGCAAUCCAUUGUCCAAACCAAGAGACUCUACUUGAACCCACAUGAGCAAUUCGGAAGAGCCAACAUCUGUCGCGCCGCUCUCGUCAGCUACGUUGGAAUGUACUUCUUGUUCAAGUGGAACCAGAACAGAAAGGCCGAAAUUGCCCGUGCCGAGAGAAAAGCUGCCAAAGCCAUCGCUGCUCCCGCUCACUAA